AUGUUUAACGCUGCAUCAAGAUUGAUAACUGCUUUGGGUCUGAGAGAGGAAACAGGGGAUGAUGGUUCGGCGAAACAAAAACAAAACGAUGAUGAGCAAUCCUCAAAAGAAAUAAUACCCAAUGUCUCAAUAAUAACACCUGAUGACCACUCAGGUUCUUCUGACAAUCCUCCUACUCAGUUUCCCCUCCUUGGUAGUCCUCAACGCAUUCGUAGUCCGCUGACACCACUUCAAAAGGCGACUAAGCAAAGACGAAAAGUUGCUCUUGAGCCUGGCCACUCUGCUUUAGAUUGGGCCAGGUUGAAGUCUUCGGGAGUGGACCUUACGGAGGGUGCAAGAGGAAUGAAGAAGAUUACUAUGGAAGAAGUGCAGCGUCAUCGGACAAAGGCUGAUGCGUGGACUGUGUUAGGUGGUAAGGUGUAUAAUAUUACGCCGUACUUGAAGUUUCAUCCUGGAGGUGUUGGAGAAAUAAUGCGUUGUGCUGGAAGAGACGGGACGGUAUUAUUUAUGGAAAUACAUUCAUGGGUAAAUUACGAACUGAUGCUAGAUAAAUGUCUCAUUGGAUAUCUCCUUGGGGACAGUGCAAGACUUCUAACUUAA